CAUAAGGGUCUGCCAAAGCCAUAAAAUCAUACCGCUCUGGUUCAAAUGGAAAAAGCAGUCGGAGAAGAACGAGAGGCAACUACAAAAAUGCAGAAGCCGAGAAGAUUGAAAGGUCAUAAAGGCACUGUUACCUGUUGUAUCGCUUCUCGAGAUAGACCUGGAAUCGUAGCUACUUCAGGAGAGGAUGGUCGCAUUUGCUGGUUUGACAUGCGUUGUAAAGAUGUGGUACUUACCAUGGAUCUCGACAACAAACCUAUCUCAUCUGUAUGUUUUAAGUCUGGAAAUGAAGAUGUUGUCUACGCUUCCUCAGGAGCAGAAGUAAUGUUCUUUGACGUGCAUAUGGCAUCUUCCUGGAAGCAAUUGGGAAGCUACAGCUAUAACAAAGAGGAGAUAAACCAGAUUACUUGCAGCUCGAAAUCAUCUUUUAUUGCCGCUGCAGAUGAUAGUGGUGACAUAAAGAUAAUUGAUGUAAGGCAGCAGUGCCUGUAUAAAACUUUACGAGCUGGUCAUACAAGUAUUUGUAGCAGUGUGCAGUUUCUUCCUUGGAGACCUUGGGAAGUUAUAACUGGUGGUCUUGAUGCUAAGCUCGUGAUGUGGGACUUCUCUAAAGGGAGGCAGUGCAAAAUUGUGGAUUUUGCCCGCCCUGACGCUGGCAGUCAAAGUAAUGCAGGACAAUGUUUGAAUCCUGCUUUUGUUCAUGCAUUGGUGAUUCCCGAGGUUGAUAUGUUGGACAAUUCAGGGAUCUGUGUUGUGGCUAGGGCUGAUGGUGUUGUUGAUGUGAUUGAUAUUGAAUCAGAGCUAGCUGCUGCUAACUCCAAAAGUUCCACAAAGUCCAGCAAGGGAUCACAAUCGAGACGUGGAGGCAGUAAGCAGCCUACUACAAAUGCUGAGGCCUUAGAUCAACACAUAGGAAAGAGGUUCUCGUUAGACUAUCCUUUGGGAGGGCACACUGCAGCUGUUUCCUGUGUGUCAUUUUCACUGUUUGGGGAGAGAGGGAAGUUCAUAAUAUCAGGUGGGAAUGAUUCAUCUGUGAAGGUUUGGGAUUGGUCUAAACAUCUUGAUGCUGGGGAGAGCAGCAGUAGCACCAGCAAUGAUAUCUUGCGUCUAAACAUUCCCUUGAGCAAAAAGGUGAGAUGACUCUUCUAUCGUAAAAAUUGGCUGUGUACCACUCCAACUGAUUCAGAAAACAUUAUCGUGUGCGACACAUCCAAGGUGGUAAAGGUUUAUUCUGUUACCUAG